AUGCCCACAUCGCGUAGCUUGCUUCCCAGGCGGUGGUUUCGCUCUCGCCGCUCCCCAAACCCAGAAGAGCCCGAUGUCGCUCACAGGUCCCUCCCUCGCGAUAUGGAGCGUCGCCAGCGACCUUCCAGGAUUCUUGCUCCACCGCCAAGAACCCAGAACGCACCGACAGAUGAAGAAUCCCUCGAGAGAGCCUAUCCUUCCAUGGGACACCUCGAGUAUGUCCUUGCUGGAUCAUCACCUCCAGCUGAAAGUGCACCUAAUAUGUACGAUAGCUUCGAAGAACCGCCCUUGGAUUUAACUGCGCAUAUCUGUGGGGACUCGAUACGUCAGAGCGCUUAUGAACAGAUGCGCACUGUCGGCGGACGACUGAGAUUACUUGACGAACUAGAAUCAGGCGUGAUCACAUCGGAACUGGCUGUAAAUAUCUUUGCAACAGCAUCUGAAGCAGAAAAGAACGUGUGUUUAUUUUGGGCAGCAUUUCUUAAACUAGGUCCGCUAUUAACGCAAUUGGUUGAAGCUGGGGCAGACCCAUUACACUUCGACGCUCUGGGACUAUCUCCCCUGCACGCGGCGGCGUUUAGUGGAUCUACGGAUUGCGCCAAUUAUCUCAUAACAAGUGGAGUGGAUCCUAAUUACAUGCCAAGAUGUUUUGUACCCCUCCACUGUGCUGCAUUCGGUAAUUCUGUGCAAGUGGCUAAUUUACUAAUCAGUAGAGGUGCGUCUGUCCAUGCUGUCGUUAAGUACGUAAACUGCGAAGGCGGAUUGUUACAUUGCGCUGUACGGGCUAACUCUGUGGAAUGUUUAAAGUUAUUUAUCUCUCACGGAGUCAAUGUCAAUCAGAUUGAGCCUGGUGGAACUAAUGCAAUACAUUUAGCAGCUGAUUUGGGAAUGAUACAAUGCCUCAUUAUACUGCUAGACACACCUGAUGCUGACGCGAAUGUGAGGACUAGAGUUGGCGAUCGAGAAUCCACAGCAUUACACUUAGCCGCUGAUGGAGGAUUUAUCGAAUGUGUGGAUUAUCUCCUUACAAAGGGGGCAGAUGCCAGCCUUAAGAAUCAUCGAGGAUUUACAGCUUUACAUCUCGCAGCAAGAUCUGCGAGUUUAGAAUGUGUGGAGUCGUUGUUAAGGAAAGGCAACGCCGAUCCAAAUGCCAUGGAUUUCGAUAAGCGAACUCCGCUUCACGCCGCUAUAGGAAAAUCAGAUAGUGCUUGCGAUAUAAUCGAAACCUUAAUUAGUUGGGGGGCAAAUGUUAACCAGAAAGACGAGUACGGCUUUACACCCUUACACCUAGCUGCUCUUGACGGAUUAUCCGCUUGCGUUGAAACAUUAAUUUACCAUGGAGCUGAUGUAACAACGCGAUCUAAAAAAGGAAACUCCGCACUUAAUGUCAUCGCUCGAAAGACGCCCGCGUCACUGGCUAUGAUAACGAGGAAAUUGGACUGUGCUAUCACAUUACACCAUUCACAGACGAGUAAUCGAGAAGUUGAACUUGAACUUGACUUUCGCAGCAUACUACAACAUUGUUAUCCGAGGGAAAUAAGUUAUCUUAACACCUUUGUCGAUGAAGGCCAGAAGGAAGUUCUGCUGCAUCCAUUAUGUUCGGCGUUUCUAUAUAUAAAGUGGGAGAAGAUAAGAAAAUAUUAUGUUGCGCGACUCUUUUUGAGUUUUAUAUUUGUUUUAUGUCUUACACUUUACGUUUUGACAGCACUUGCACACAACUGUUAUAACGGUAGCAAGGACAUGGAAGAGACGAUACAAGAACAAGAGUUAUGUCAGAAACAGUCAAUUCUUGGCGACUUGCUUAGAAAAAAUCCCUUUGUAAUAGAAAUGCAGUGGUGGGUAUUAGCCGGUAUAACAAUAUUCGAAAUAUUUAGGAAAGUUUACGGGAUAGCUGGAUAUUCGACAGUCAAACAAUACCUCAUGCAAUCGGAAAAUAUGAUAGAAUGGUUCGUAAUCAUUAGCGUGUUUUUGAUUUCAUACAUUUAUACUAAUAUCACGUACACAUGGCAGAACCAUGUUGGGGCUUUUGCUGUUCUAGCUGGAUGGACUAAUCUGAUGAUGAUGAUCGGCCAGUUACCAGUCUUCGGGACUUAUGUAGCUAUGUAUCAGAAAGUACAAAAGGAGUUUGCAAAACUGCUGAUGGCUUAUUCAUGCAUACUAAUUGGCUUUACAAUAAGUUUCUGCGUAAUAUUUCCAGACUCUUCAUCGUUUGCCAACCCUUUUAUGGGCUUUAUAACCGUGCUAACAAUGAUGAUUGGAGAACUUAAUUUAGAUUUAUUACUGAACGAACCGGAUGGAAAUGAUCCGCCUGUAUUAUUAGAAUUUUCUGCGCAAAUAACCUAUGUUUUAUUUCUUAUGUUUGUCACAGUAGUGCUGAUGAACCUUCUGGUUGGUAUAGCUGUUCACGACAUCCAAGGGCUACGAAAAACAGCAGGGCUCUCUAAGCUCGUUCGACAAACUAAACUGAUAUCGUACAUGGAAUUAGCAUUAUUUAAUGGCUAUUUACCCAAAUGCCUUUUAAAAAUUCUACAUUCUUCCGCACUUGUAUCACCUCAAGCGUAUAGAGUCGUGUUGAGCGUAAAACCUUUAAAUCCAAGCGAGAAACGGUUACCUAGAGAUAUAAUGAUGGCGGCUUACGAUAUAGCUAAAAUGAGGAAGCAGUAUGGACAUACCAUUUCAUCAAACGGGUCUACUACCGGGGCAUAUUCAUGUUUUAAAAAGUAUGAAAACAACAAUGACUCAAGCUAUCGAGAAUACGGUUAUUCUUCUGGAUUGGGAAGUUUGCAGGCGCGAUUGGAUGAAACCUCAGAGAAUGUACGUCAACUGACGCAGGAAGUAAGAGAGUUGAAAAAACUAAUAAACGCCCAGCAGCUUGUGAUACAACAGGCGUUGGCCGGUGCUAUGGAUCGUUGA